GAGCAGCAGCAGCAGCAGCAGCAGCAAAUGGGACCGCAGCUGCAGCGCGCGGUCGUGGGCCCCCGCUGCUGCUGCUGAUGCAGCAGCCCCUGCUGCUGCUGCUGCUGCGGCCCCCGCAGCGUCCGUUCCAGCCGCAGCGCCAGCAGCACCCGCAGCUGCAGCAGCACCCCCCGCUGCAGCAGCAGCAGCAGCACCCCCAGCAGCAGCAGCAGCAGCAGCAGCAGCAGCAGAACGUUUUCCGUUUCAGGCGGAAGUGAAGCGGGUGCUGGACAUCAUAGUGCACAGUCUGUACACCGACAGAGACGUUUUCCUGCGCGAGUUAAUUUCAAAUGCUGCAGACGCCUGCGACAAGAAGCGCGUGCUGCUCGAGCAGCAGCAGCAGCAGCAGCAGCAGCAGCAGCAGCAGCAGCAGCAGCAGUGGCGGGGGGCCAUAAGGGUCUACGCAGACAAAAGCAAGGGGACUUUGACUGUAGAAGAUGAUGGCAUUGGAAUGUCUCGACAGGAGCUGAUAGACCACUUGGGGACAAUAGCGCAGUCGGGGACUUACAGGUUUGCGCAGCAGCUGCAGCAGCAGCAGCAGCAGCAGCAGCAGCUGCUGCAGCAGCAGCUCGCAGCUGGCUGCGCGCCGCAGAGCGCCAGCGACCUCAUUGGCCAGUUCGGCGUUGGCUUCUACUCUGCCUUUCUUGUUGCUGACAAAGUGGAGGUCAUUUCUUCAAGAUGGACUCCUGCUGCUGCUGCUGCAGCAGCAGCAGCAGCAGCAGACGGUGCAGCAGCAGCAGCAGCAGCAGAGGGGCUUCCCGAGGUGUGGAAGUGGAGCUCGAGCUGCGGGCAGACCUUCACGGUGGAGCAGCUUGCUGCAGCAGCAGAGCAGCAGCGGUGGCAGCAGCAGCAGCAGCAGCUGCAGCAGUCGCUGCAGCAGCAGCAGGCGAAGCGCGCCGCUGCUGCCGCCGCCCCCCAGCAGCAGCAGCAGCAGCAGCAGCAGCAGCAGCAGCUGUGGACUGGCAGCAGAGUCGUGCUGCACCUCAGAGAAGACUCAGAUGACUAUUUAGAAGACUACAGACUUAAAGAACUUUUGAAGAAGUUUUCGGAGUUUCUCCAAGUGCCGAUUUAUUUGCUGUCGGAGCGCGUGGAGUACGAGCGCGUGCGGGACACUGCAGCAGCAGCAGCAGCAGCAGCAGAUGCAGCAGCAGCAGCAGAUGCAGCAGCAGCAGCAGCAGCAGCAAAGUUCAAAACGGUCACCCACAGAUUCCAAGAGUGGAUUCAUCUCAACACGCAGCCCCCAAUUUGGAGAAGACCAGAAGCAACUUUGAAGGAAAAAGAUUAUGUCGACUUCUACAAAACCACCUUCAAGGCCUAUGAUGACCCGCUGGCUUUUCUGCACAUGGCCGUGGAGGGCCAAGUCUCCUUCAGAGCGCUGCUGUACGUCCCGGGCUCUUUGCCGUGGGAGCUUUCCCGCAACAUGUUUGAUGAGGACUCGCGGGGGAUUCGACUGUGGUUGACUUUCAUUCGGGGAGUUGUGGACUCGGACGACCUGCCGCUGAACGUGGGAAGGGAACUUUUGCAGAAGUCGCAAAUGCUGCGAAUAGUUCACAAAAGAGUGGCAGCAAAAGCUGUCGAAAUGAUCCAAGCAAUUAAAAGACAAGGAAAAGAAAAGUGGGAGAGGUUUUGGGAGAACUACGGCAAGUACCUCAAGAUUGGGGCUGUGGAAGACAGAGACCAGCAAGAGGCCCUCGCCUCUUUAGUCCAACUCCAUUCUUCUCAUUCCAAAACUUCUUUAACAACUUUAGAUGAUUACAUUUCCAGAAUGGAGGCCCGCAACCGUUUAAUAGAGUCCGGCAACUACCCGGGGCCCCCGGGGGCCCCCCAGGGGGCCCCCCAGGGGGCCCCCCAGAGCGCGGGCGCCGAGGGGGGCCCCCAGGGGGGCCCCCAGGGGUGGGGGGGCCCCCAGGGGGGCCCCCAGGGGCCCCCCAGGAGGCAAAGGGCGAUAUAUUACUUGGCAGCAGAAAGCCGAAAGGCUGCAGAGGACAGCCCGGCUUUGGAGGGUUUGAGGGCUCGAGGGUUUGAAGUUUUGUUUGGAGUUGAGCCUUUAGAUGAGUUCUUUUUGGCCUCUUUGGCAGUAAACCAAUUCAAAGGGUACUCAGUUAUAGACAUUAAUAAGGCAGACUUGCAGUUGGACGAGGCCCCGGGGCCCCCGGGGGCCCCCGGGGGGGCCCCCGGGGGGGCCCCGGGGGCCCCCGGGGGGCCCCAGUUGCAAAAUUCCGAAAAUUCGACUGAGUCCGAAUUGGCCCAAAAACUGCAGCCGUCGGACUUCGCCACAAAACGCAUUGAGUUGGGGGGGCUGGUGGAGUGGCUGCAGCAAACGCUGGGCCCUCGAGUCCACAGCGUGUGCCUGUCUUCGCGUCUUGUGCAAAACCCCGCAGUGCUGGUCCAGGGGCAGCUGGGGCUGUCGCCCACCAUGCAGCGCUACAUGCAGCAGCAAGCUGCUGCGCAAGGCGCCACCGAGCAGCAGCUUUUUGGGACUUCUUUGAACCAACCGGUUCUCGAGAUCAACCCAGACCACACCAUCAUUCGCCAGCUAGACUCCAUGGUGAAGGCAGACCCCACAAGUGCGCGGGCCAAAAGCCUGGCCCUGGAGCUCUUCUCCGUGGCUUCGCUGCAGGGCGGCUACAGCCUGGAGGACCCUGGGGGCUUUGCGCGGGCUGUGAUAGAGCUGCUGCAGCGGGAAGCAGCAGCAUACAUCAGCAGCAGAGCUUGA